AUGUAUACCAGCUGGGCUCAUCACUAUGUUCCAAAGUUUAAUGGAUGCUGUGCGUUUUUGGUAAACCCGCUGUUCAUUUUUUGCAUCCUGAAAGACAACAAACUGCAAUUGGGGAAUUAUCGAUGGCUACUACUUUAUUUUGCAAUUUUCAACAUGGCUUGUUCUUUGUGUGACAUGCUUGUUCCUGUGUGUGUUCACAAUUAUCGCUACGCGUUUUCAGUUUUUACAGCUGGCGGACCAUUUCAAGAAUAUUCGGAGUUCAACCAGUUCAUCAUCGCGUUCAGAUGUAGUUUCAUCGCUGCCACGUAUGCAAUUCUACAUGCUCACUUCACCUAUCGCUUCAUGGUUUUGUUCAAGAACAAGGCUCUCGCCAAAUAUUUCAUGCCGUACGGCUUGAUUUUAACAGUUCUUUAUUGCAUUCUUCAUAUGAUUUACUGGGUGAUUACAUGCUACGUAUAUAUUGGUGCGGAUAUGGAGCGGAAGCUGUACAUGCAUGAUACAAUAAUGGAUGUCUACGGUGUGGAGUCAACCAAGCUUAACAUGAUAGUGGCACUUUAUCGGGAAGGAAGCCAAAAUGUGAUCAAAAAAUCUAUAAUUGGACUGGUUGCCAAUACCAUAUCUUCAGUUUUUUGCGUUUUUGUUUAUGUUACGCUCGGUAUAUUGAUCAUCAAGAAAUUAGGCAGCAAUAGUUUAAUAAUGAGUAAGAAAACCAAAAAACUGCAAACCCAAUUGAUGAAGGCACUUAUUGUUCAAUCGGUUAUCCCGACAUUUGUCAGUUUUGCUCCUUGCCUGGCGUCUUGGUAUCAACCAGUAUUCGGUUUCGAAUUAGGAAGAGCAGUUUAUCACACUUCUUCCGUCCUAGUAUCCGCAUUUCCAUUCUUCGAUCCCACCGCCAUCAUUUUCUUUGUUCCAACGUUCCGCAAGCGAUGCAAGGAAUUAUUGUGUUUCAAUUUUCCCAUAAAAUCAGCAGCUAACAGCAAUGCGAAAGAGGAAAUUGUCAAUGUUUCAGCACAAGUACCAAGCUAA